AUGUUUUUAUAGUCUAAUCCUUGUUUACAUGGUUUUUUAUCCAAUUUUAUCGUAUUGCAAAAGGAAAAUAGUUCAAUCUGGACAUAUACUUCAGUAUAUUAAAAUAUUUGAAAAUGCGUCUCUACGAAGCAAAAGUAGCUGAUGUCUUACGAUUAACCCAAAGGGAUGAAGUAUUUCUUCAAGAUGUCGAAAACCAGAUGCAUACCUUUUUUAAACUUAUGGGUGCUAAGAAUUAUCAUAAAAUGAGAAAGAUAAUACCACGGGUGGCGAAUGUGUGGUACUAUGUAAUGACUUCAUUGGCGAAUUUACAGACACUAGGAGAAGAGUAUACGGGUACCAUAAGGGUCGAUCAGGAUGGACACAUUCCUUCAAAAAUGGUACAAACUUUAUGGUUAAUUCUUUAUAUAGGUGGUGAACCAUUACUCGAAAGACUACUCAGUUCUUCCAAAAAUAAAAUAUCUAAAUCGACAGCCUUAAGGGAAGAAGCAAAAUCAUUUCUUUUGCGAUGUAUAGAUUUCAUCAAAGAACGAAAAUCAACUGUUGCGAGAAUACAUCAAUCUAUUUUCUACACCAAUGGCAAAUAUUAUAAUUUAUCAAAUAGGUUAAUGGGUAUACGAUAUGUACUCUUGAGACAAUGGUUGCAAGACGAUACAUUUACGGGAAGUUUCAAUCUGUUAGGUCAUAUAUCAUUAUUUUAUAUUUUAUUUAAUUUUAUACAUCAACUUUUAUUCAAUCAUGAUAGAAAUGUUUCGGAAAAUUUUCCCGUUUCUUUAAGUACAUCCAACAGGACUUGUGUCUUGUGUGCAGAAAAUAUGAAAUCACCCUGCGCAACAACGUGCGGUCAUGUAUUUUGUUGGACUUGUAUUUAUGAAAGUUUAAGUUACCAGAAAUCCUGCCCUGUAUGUAGGGAAAAUAUUAGCUCUAGUAGAAUUAUAUUUUUACAGAAUUAUACUUGAAUGUUAAGAUAAUAAUAAUAAUGAAAUUAA